UUCCACGUCAUUAGGAAGUAGUGGAGAGACCGCUCGGCCGAAGGAGGCUCUUCUUUUACGGAUGUAAAUAUCCAAAACUGGAUAGCGAAGGUCACUUCGGAGGGUAGAAGUCGUGCACCCGGGUGUCAUCCUGUCAACAUUCAUUGGGAUUCUGCUAAACCAGUACUAACCCAGCAGCAAAAUGACGGCUGCAGAGAAUGUCUGUUACACGCUCAUCAAUGUUUCAUCUGACUCAGAGCCCCCUUCAGAAGUCAGCCUCAAAACAGAUCUAGAAAAGGGGGAGAUCAAGGCAAAGACUGAAGCCCUGAAGAAGGUCAUCAUCAUGAUCUUGAAUGGUGAGAAGUUGCCAGGAUUACUGAUGACCAUCAUCCGCUUCGUGCUGCCACUUCAGGACCACACGAUAAAGAAGCUCCUGCUGGUUUUCUGGGAGAUUGUUCCCAAAACAACCCCAGAUGGCAAGUUGCUUCAGGAGAUGAUCCUAGUCUGUGAUGCCUACAGAAAGGACCUGCAGCACCCCAACGAGUUCAUCCGCGGCUCCACGCUGCGUUUCCUGUGCAAGUUGAAGGAGUCCGAAUUACUUGAGCCUCUCAUGCCCGCGAUCCGCGCCUGUCUGGAGCACCGUCACAGCUACGUGCGCCGCAAUGCUGUCCUGGCCAUUUACACCAUCUAUAGGAAUUUUGAACAUCUCAUCCCCGAUGCUCCCGAGCUGAUCCACGAUUUUCUUGUUAAUGAGAAAGAUGCCAGCUGUAAGAGAAAUGCUUUCAUGAUGCUGAUUCAUGCAGAUCAGGAUCGAGCUCUGGAUUACCUCAGCACGUGUAUUGACCAAGUGCACACCUUUGGGGACAUUCUCCAGCUGGUCAUUGUGGAGCUGAUAUACAAAGUUUGUCACGCUAACCCCUCUGAACGUGCCCGGUUCAUCCGCUGCAUCUACAACCUGCUGCAGUCCUCUAGUCCGGCUGUUAAGUAUGAGGCGGCUGGCACUCUUGUUACCCUCUCCAGUGCUCCCACAGCCAUCAAGGCUGCUGCCCAGUGCUACAUUGAUUUGAUUAUCAAGGAGAGCGACAACAAUGUGAAGCUGAUUGUUCUUGAUCGCCUGAUUGACCUGAAGGACCAUCCCACCCAUGAACGUGUACUCCAGGACCUUGUCAUGGACAUCCUGCGUGUUCUCAGCACUCCUGACUUGGAGGUCAGAAAGAAAACCUUGCAGCUGGCACUGGACCUUGUCUCGUCUCGUAAUGUAGAAGAGUUGGUGAUUGUUUUGAAGAAAGAGGUCAUCAAGACGAACAAUGUGACAGAACAUGAGGACACUGAUAAAUACAGACAGCUGCUGGUGCGAACUCUCCAUUCUUGCAGUGUCCGCUUCCCUGACAUGGCAGCCAAUGUCAUACCUGUGCUGAUGGAAUUCCUAAGUGACACCAAUGAGGCAGCUGCUGCUGAUGUGCUUGAGUUUGUGCGAGAGGCUAUUCAGAGGUUUGACAACUUGAGACCCCUCAUCAUUGAGAAGAUGCUGGAGGUCUUUCACGCCAUCAGAACCGUCAAGAUCUACAGGGGAGCGCUAUGGAUCUUGGGUGAAUACUGCAGCACAAAGGAAGACAUCCAGAGUGUCAUGACAGAAAUACGUCGGUCCUUGGGAGAGAUCCCAAUUGUAGAACACGAGAUAAAGAAAGAGACGGGAGAGGUGAAGGCAGAGGAUGAAGUGAGUGCAGCUCCAGUCCAGAAGCUGGUGACAGAGAUGGGCACCUAUGUGACACAGAGUGCACUCAGCUCGUCCAGACCCCUGAAAAAAGACGAAGACAGACCUCCACUUCGAGGCUUCCUGAUGGAUGGAGAUUUCUAUGUGGCAGCUUCCUUGGCAACCACUCUUACCAAAGUGGCCUUGCGCUAUGUUGCUAUUGUUGAAGAGAAAAGGAGACAAAAUUCCUUUGUCGCAGAGUCCAUGCUGAUCAUGGUCACCGUGCUGCACCUGGGCAAGUCCUCGCUGCCCAAGAAGCCAAUCACAGACGACGACGUGGAGCGCAUCUCACUUUGCCUGAAGGUCCUCUCGGAGUGCUCGCCUCUCAUGAAUGACAUAUUCAACAAGGAGUGUCGCAAAUCCCUGUCACAUAUGCUGGCGAUCAGACUGGAGGAAGAGAAGCUGUCACAGAAGAAGGAGUCUGAGAAGCGCAACGUAACGGUCCAGGCAGACGACCCGAUCUCCUUCGUGCAGCUGACGGCCAAAAAUGAAAUGACUUCCAAAGAGGACCAGUUCCAGCUCAGUCUUCUGGCUGCUAUGGGCAACACUCAGCGAAAGGAGGCCGCCGAUCCCCUGGCUUCAAAACUCAACAAGGUGACUCAGCUCACAGGCUUUUCAGACCCCGUGUAUGCUGAAGCCUAUGUUCACGUCAACCAGUAUGACAUUGUGUUGGACGUGCUGGUGGUCAACCAAACCAGUGACACGCUCCAGAACUGCACCCUGGAACUGGCCACUCUAGGUGAUCUCAAGUUGGUUGAGAAGCCUUCGCCUCUAACUCUGGCUCCACACGACUUUGCUAACAUCAAGGCCAACGUCAAAGUGGCUUCUACCGAGAACGGCAUCAUAUUCGGCAACAUUGUCUACGACGUGUCGGGAGCCGCCAGCGACAGGAACUGCGUCGUGCUCAGCGACAUUCACAUUGACAUCAUGGACUACAUCCAGCCGGCCGCCUGCACCGACGCGGAGUUCCGACAGAUGUGGGCAGAGUUUGAGUGGGAAAACAAGGUGACAGUAAACACCAAUAUCACCGAUCUGAACGAAUACCUCCAGCACAUCCUCAAGUCCACCAACAUGAAGUGUCUCACUCCCGAGAAGGUCGGUAACGGAGCGAUAAUGGCUCUGUCUGGCUUCUGCGGCUUCAUGGCGGCCAACCUUUACGCCCGCUCUAUCUUCGGAGAAGACGCUCUGGCUAACGUCAGCAUCGAGAAGCCCAUCCACCUGGGGCCCGACGCACCGGUCAACGGACACAUACGCAUCAGAGCGAAAAGUCAGGGGAUGGCCUUGAGCCUCGGGGACAAGAUCAACCUCUCCCAGAAAAAGACAAACGUCUGAGACCACUCUGGUCCAGCUCCUCCCGCCGACACAUUUUACAGCCUUUUCAUCGCCGCAAAUUAAGAACUCUACAUGAUCAGUAGCUUCUGUGCUGUUUCUUCUUUCUUUUCUUUUUUUUUUUUUUUUUUUUUACAUCACUUCUGUCUAAAACUACAUCUCUGUAAUGUUCCCGUCUUAUUUACAAUAAACAAAUGUAUUAAAAGAAUGAGAAAAGUCAA